AUCUGGGGGAACGCCUCGGUGGGGGCGUGCAGAGUGGGCACUAUGGCCGGUGCUGAAGGGGCGGAAGAGGUGCCGCCGAACCCCAUGGCUGGCGGCCUGGAAAUGGUGCAGCCACAGAUGGGAAGUCAGGAGCUUCCAGAGCUUUUUGAGGACGAGCGAAAACGAUGGCUGAUCCUCCAUGUCGCGUUGCCACGCACGAUCAUGACUUACGAUCUCGCGCAAGGCCGAAGCACAGAGGCCGAGCUUAAUGACGCCUUGUCCAAUUUGGCUUGGGGAUCCAUCGACACCGAGGGUGGCGAAUGGACCUUGGAGUCACCCGAUCCAUCGCUGGAUCCACCGCACUCCUCGCUGAUCACGUACGCGGACUACGUGGCGCGCACGUACCCGGCGGAUCAGACCAUGGAGGACUCAGCGCGCGAGGAGAACCUGCGCCUGGCAGCUGAGAAGCGAAGUUGUUUCACCUGUCCGGGAGAGCCGGGGUCCAAGUUCCGGGCCAUGUUCGACCAGAUGAUCAAAAACUUGCAGCACUCCAACAAGGCGUUAGCGAAGGCCUUUGACAUCAAGAAGGUGAUCCUUAACGAGGAGGAACUCCCUGAGGACCCGGCCAAGUCGGAGGCGCAGAACAUCAUGCGCUUCGGGCGGCAUCAGAUCCUUCCGUCCUUUUGGAACUUGUUGAUCCAGCUGACCAAACAGCAGCGCCGCUUUUCCGUGGUCUUCCGGUCCUUUCAUGAAGAACAGCUGACCCAGGUUCAAAAGGAGCUCCAGCUCUUCACCCAGUGUCAGCAUCCGGCCUAUAGCGGCCAAAACAAGACCCACAAGCCUCCUUUGAUGGAUGGUAACAAGGGCUCUCGCGACCUGCGCCUAACGGCCGCAGCCAUUGGACGCAUGGAUCGGAUGGGCGGGUCCCUUCAUUUUCGUGACAGACCACAGGAGCAAACUCCCGAAGAAGAGGCGGUCGAGUCGGCGGAGAAUCCGGCCGACUCGGUGUUCAGGCCGACGGAAUAUGCCUUCCCUCCCUAUCAUCAAGCCUAUGCUGGCCUCGUGGACCAGGUGUUGGAAACGGCAAAUACUGCUGCCAUCGUUGACGACCUGGCGUUUUGGGAUGCUCAUGACCGAGACAGCAGUGCGGGCAAGCUGCUUUUGAUUGAUCGUGCUGAGACAAAGGUCCAACACAUCUUCUUUGAUGGCAACAUUGAGAAGGAUGAUGCCAAUUGCGUCGAUGUGAGAGAUGCCGUGAAGGGAGAAGCUCUUCCCCUUCAGGACUCCUCAAACAUCUACCUUCACCGGGUGGACUUCUUCCAGGCGAUUACGGACGUGGACUACUAUGUCAAGGCCGUUGAGGCUUGCGAGUUGCAGAUGUCCAAGCGGAUUGUCCAGGACAGACAUUCUGAAGGCCUUGCCCGCGCACUCUCGGAUCAGGAGAGAAAGCAGGCCUCUGAGGCAGCCGCCUCCAUGACUCCCAAGGAGUGGCUCUAUCGAAACAUCAUCCCAGCCCUGUUGCCGGCCUUAGAGGCAUGUCAGCGAGAUCGACCCGAAGAUCCCAUCGAGUUUAUUGCCUUCUACAUGCUUCGACAUUCGAAACAGUACUCGAAGACUCUGAAAGCAUGAGAAUUCAAAGGCUGAUCUGUCGAAACUGAAGAACCUUAGAACCC